GUAUGGGCAUUUGUUGUUUGCAGAGCAAUGCAGCAGAUAAAUGCUCAGUUUAGCUGCUACCAGGAACAGCUGCCUGAUUGGAUCUUUCUACUGCCCUAGCUCUAUUUAUUAGGAUCCUGCUGUUGCCACAGCUUGACUUUCUCCCUUUGAUGGUCUCUCUUCACUUCCCCCCCCCUUGAAAUUCUCCUCAUGAUUUAACAGUCAUUGCAAGGUAUUUGUUUGCAACACAUCUUCUGGACUCAGCGCAGACCCUGAGCUCUCUGCCUGAUGUGUCUUUUGCUUCCAUAAGACACUGGGGCUUUUCCCUUUUUUCUCCCCCUUCCCUUCCACAUGUGGAUUUCCACCCAUUUAUGCAGUCAUCAACUCUUAACAAAUAAUGAUUUGCUAGCAUUUUCCAAUCUCUUGGCUUUCCUGGCACCAGAGAUCCUGCAUGGAUGGGGCUUAGCCUUCUGCUGCCCUGUAUACCCUAGGGGGUAGUCACAGAGCCCAGUGAUAGUUUUAUACCAGAAUGGAGAUAUCUGGCACAAGCAGGAAGUAAAGAUGAGCUGCCUUGGGAUUUUCAUCCCCAAGAAGCACCGGCAGCGUUUUGACGAGGUUGUGUCUCAAAGUCUCAUCAGCAAGCUCUGUCGGACGAAGAGGGAGCAACAAACACAUCGGCUCCGCCGCAGCCGCAGUGAGGACCACCCUGAGCGCUUGAUGGUGUCUACGCGGGCCAGCUCAGUGCCACGAGGUCCAGAAGAUGUGGGAAAAGGAUUGAGGAAAACCACCUCUCUUAUUGCUAGCAGAGUAGGCUCAGGGGCUGCCCGCAGGACAGUACGAGUGUACAAAGGCAACAAAAGUUUUGGCUUCACACUUCGUGGUCAUGCCCCAGUAUGGAUAGAGUCUGUCCUGCCUGGGAGUCCCGCUGAAAAUGCUUCCCUCAAGCCUGGGGACCGCAUCUUAUUCCUUAAUGGAUUGGAUAUGAGGAACUGCUCCCAUGACAAGGUGGUGUCCAUGUUGCAGGGCAGUGGGGCAAUGCCAACUCUCGUGGUAGAAGAAGGAUUGGUCCCAUUCCCCAGUGACUCAGAUUCUCUGGAUUCUCCAAACCCCUCCUCAGCACUGACUUCCCUGCAGUGGGUGGCAGAGAUCUUGCCUGGAAGCAUCCGAAUCCAGGGCAAGACCUUCAGCCAACAGUUGGAGCACCUGCUGACACCUUCAGAGCGCUACACCAUCUGCAGAGCCCUUGAAUGCUUUUUCCAACACAGGAACAUCGAUACCCUCAUUGUGGAUAUCUACCCUGUGCUGGACACUCCAGCCAAACACGUCCUGUGGCAGUUCAUCUACCAGCUGCUGACCUAUGAAGAGCAGGAACACUGCCAGCAGAAGAUCGCUCGGUUUCUGGGCUACAAGUCUAUGACGGCUGCAUCAGAGAGUGAGACAGAAGAGAGACCUCAGAGUUCCCUGAGGAUGGCCUCCAUGUGCCGGGGGAGUAUGAGAAAUCAGGGCUCAGAGGGACCCAGCAGUGGAGUGGGUCCCAGUGAAAGUGUGGAAAUCCCUAUCCCUGUGACUCCAGGAGAGCGCCAGGCUGGGGAUGGCACAUCCCUCCCAGAAACCCCAAACCCAAAAAUGAUGUCGGCUGUUUAUGCAGAGCUAGAAACCCGGUUGAGCAGUAGCUUCAAAGGAAAAAUGGGAAGUAUAUCCAAACCCAGAGCUUCCCCACCAGUGGUUGAACCACCAAAUAUCCCAGGAGCCAGGAAGCCUGGAUCAACCAUCUCAUGGCCGAAUGACCCCCUCCCACCCCAACCCUGCUAUUAUCACCCAUGUCCUGGGAGCCUCCCCUCCCCAAGCAGCACAGAAUCCCAUCCCUAUGUCAGCCUGGACAGCAGCCCAGCUCCUUCACCCCAGCUCACAGCCAUGGCUGGCAGCCCCAGCCCCCCCACCUGCAGGAAAAAACUCUUCACUUUCUCAAGACCACCACGGAAUCGGGACACAGACCGCUUUCUGGAUGCUCUCAGUGCACAGCUGGGUGCCCGGGUUACCAUGGUCGAUGACUUUCUCACUCCUGAGAAUGACUAUGAAGAGAUGAGUUUCCUUGACGACCAGGGCAGCUACGUGACCAACGAUCUGAGCAGUGUCAGCGAGUAUGUCAGUAGCAGUGAGGAGGGCAGCUCCCUGACCUACUCCUCCAUCUCUGACCACAUCCCCCCACCGCCUCUCAGCCCACCUCCUCCACCCCCACUCCAAUUCCAUGACCCCAAACCAGUCCCCCGGAACCUUGAUGGCCCUCUGAACACCGCCACACUGGCCAAACCUCUCGGGGCCCAUGCCCACCAAGUCCCUCCCCCUCCUCCCCCACCUCUUCCCCCACCAGUGCCCUGUGCUCCCCCACUGCUCCACCGAGGCCUUGCUCAUCGUCGCAGCGAAUCGAACCACAUGAGCGUCAAACGCCUGAGGUGGGAGCAGGUGGAGAACUCAGAAGGCACUAUAUGGGGCCAGCUCGGGGAAGACUCGGAUUAUGAUAAAUUGAAUGAUAUGGUGAAAUACUUGGACCUGGAGCUCCAUUUUGGAACCCAAAAGCCAGCAAUUUCUUUUCCAGAGCCAACUCUUGCACCUGAGCCCUUUAAAAAGAAAGAUGUGGUCGAGAUUCUGUCUCACAAGAAGGCCUAUAAUACAUCUAUACUCAUUGCCCACCUGAAGCUGUCUCCACCUGAGCUCCGUCAGAUCCUCAUGAACAUGGAGAGCGAGAGACUGGAACCCUCCCACCUCAAGCAGCUCCUCUUGUAUGCUCCUGAUGCUGAGGAAGAGAAGCGCUACCAGGGCUACAGGGACACCCCCAGCCAGCUGAGCGAGCCCGACCAGUUUGUCCUGCAGAUGCUGUCCGUUCCAGAAUAUAAAACCCGACUGCGCAGUCUGCACUUCAAGACUACCCUGCAGGAGAAAACUGAGGAGAUCAAAGGCAGUUAUGAGUGUGUGCACCAGGCCUCCCUGGAGCUCAAGAAUAGCAAGAAGCUUGCCAAGAUCUUAGAGUUUGUACUUGCAAUGGGCAACUAUCUCAACAAUGGACAGCCAAAGACCAACAAGACCACAGGCUUCAAGAUCAACUUCUUAACUGAGCUGAACUCAACUAAAACUGUAGAUGGGAAAUCCACCUUCCUACACAUUCUUGCCAAAUCACUGAGCCAACACUUCCCUGAACUCCUGGGAUUUGCCAAGGACCUUCCCACUGUGCCCCUUGCUGCCAAAGUGAACCAGAGGAUGCUAACCACUGACCUUACUGACCUGCACAUCACCAUCAGUGAGAUCCAGACAGCUUGCCAGAAAAUGCCUGCCACUAGUGAUGACAAGUUUGCUGUGGUCAUGACUUCCUUCCUAGAGAUGGCCCAGCCUGCCGUGCGGGCUCUUGAUACCCUUCAGCACAAGGCAAUGGAGGAGUUUAGCAGGGUGCUGUCAUUUUUUGGUGAAGACUCCAAAGUCACCACUUCUGAAGCCUUUUUUGGCAUUUUUGCAGAAUUUAUGAGCAAGUUCGAGCGGGCAUUCAGUGACGUGCAGGUCUGUGAAAGCCAGCGCAGCUCAGGAAUGGCCUCCCCCCUGGCCUGGUAGUCACCAGAGAGUUCUUGGCCAGGGGCCUGUUUGCCAACAGAAUGCAAGCAUGGUUUCUUCCAUGGAAUGGUCACCCUGUGGCAUAUCUACCCAGCUCAGAAAACAGGCCUCAAAUAAGGAGUGGUUAUUGUUGUCUUUAAUGAAGGUAAACAUGAGUGUGGGUGGCCCCUGCACCCUGAAAUGGAUUGCAGCAGAUCCAAGACUUCACUUCUGAGAAGCACCUGUGUUUGACUGUAGACAUCCCAUGCCUUCGUACCUUAGAUUGCGGGCCUUUCUUUAAGCAGGUCUCUCCUCCCUUCUGCUCCCCACCUUGUUCACGGGCUACGUGUUGUUCCACUUCAAAGUACUACAUGUUGGAGAGCAAUUGGUUUGAUCUGUGUCUCUCAUGUCUUAGCUUCUCAAAGAGCUGGAAAGACCACAGACCUCCCUUCUGUGGAUAUAACUUCAGCUCCUCCCAAGGCAAACUCCUGUGACUCGUAGUCUAGAAGAGACAAGUCUGUCUGUCUAUUUGUCUGCCUGUCUACCUAUCUAUCUGCUUUCUUUCUGCUCUCCCUGAGAGAAAAUGGUAUAGAGAGAAUUAUGUAAGCUGCUAUCCCUUUGGCUUUAGCAGGCAUGGAUUUCUCAAAUAUGGAUGGUAGAGUAUCCUGAAAGACCUAGAAAAAAAUCCCCCAUAGGCCUAAACAAUGAGCAUGCCCUGUCCUGGGACCAUCACUGUCGCUGUCCCUAAGGGUCUGCCAAGCCAAAGCAAGCCCUUUGCCCAAUGCCUCCAAAUAGGACUGUGGCUUCAGCUACCUCAGACACCAGGCCUGCUCUUCAAUGUCCCAGAUAUAUCUGCUGUUACUGCGUUAUAUUGCUUCCUUUGGAAUUCCUCUUAUUCUGAGUCUCUCCUUUCCCAUAUCCUCUGAGACCAGAGGCUUGUAGACACCUAAGGUUUUAUUUGUACAUCUUGCAUGGGGUGGGAAGGAUGGCAGGGGAAGAGCAUCUUCUUGACCUCUUUUCAUGCUAAAUGCCCCAUCUUCUCCUCUUGGCUUUCCCAUUCAUCACUGACUCUGAGGGCUUUAUUUGCCAUCAGGUUGUCAUAUAGAAGGAGAGUUUAAUCUUGCUUAACUUGGCCCUAGGAGGUAGGGCUAGGAUCAGUAGGUGAAAAUUAUAGAUCAGCACAUUCUUGCUCAGUACAAGAAGAGCUUCCAAACAAUUAGAAUAGUCCAACAAUGUAAGAGACUGCCCAUUGGAGGCCUUUGAGCAGAAGUUGGGUGACAACUCAUCAGGGUUGUCAUAGAUGGUGUUUAUGCUUAAUGUAGAUUCAUUAGAUCGGGUGACCUCUGAAGUCUCUUCCAAUAUUAAGAGUCUUUUAUCAGUCAAGUAGGGAACACUGGUCCUAGACUCUAACCAUCUUUCCCAUUGCCCAUCUGACCAAAAGGCCCCAUGCCAGUUUUUGCUAAAGAAGACUUGCAAAUACCUACAAACUCAUUUUCUCUGAUCUCUCAAGGGGCCAUUUAUUUGGGGAGGGUCGUUAGUCCUCACUUAAUAAGUCAAUCUCAUUUUUCUCUGCUUUCCUUCAGUGGAGAGACAGGAAGAAUACAGUUUGGGAUAGACUGGAGAUCCAUGUUCUUAUUUGCAAGAUUGUGCUUUCAAAGAGUCUGAGACUUUUGGAAUCAAAGGACCUGGGUUUGAACUUGGGCAGGUGACUUAACCUUUUUAGGUCUCAGUUUCCCAAAUUAUAAAAUGAAGGCGUUGGACUGGAUGGCAGAUAACCUCUAAAUCCAUGAUUCUGUGAUCCCCUGACAGCAUGUUAUUUCUGCAGAGGUGCUCGUGACUGUCUGAUCCAUCUUGGUUUUUAAGAAUUUUGUUUUCUGCUCUUCUCUAUAGAAAGUCUAUACAUUUCAGUUUCUGUAACUAAGUGCCAGUUUUCUCCUGCUUUGUACUAAGUGGUUUUCAGAUCCCUUCGCCAUUGGUUUUCUUGGAGUCUGGGGAUCAAAGGACACACAGACACUCACCAUGAAUCUCCCACAUCAGCUAUCAUUAUGAUCAUGUGUCAAUGUAUGUCAGUCACAUUUGGAAAGAACAAAGGGUACUUGGCAGCAACCACCACCCAUGGAAAGGGCAGGACACAGACUCUGUUCCUUGUUGUAACCUAACAGAAGAGCAAGAUACACAGUUUAUUUGGAUUUUUAGCAGAUGAUGUUUGGAUCUGAAAACUUUCAAGGGUCCCUCACUUCUGAGCUGGGAUUUAGUUUUUGGUGUGUAGUCCACAAUUGUAUCCCCACUCCCAUCCCUUCCCCCACCCCAGUCCCCCAUCUUCUUUCUCUCCAUUUCCCAAACUCAUAUGUUGUUCCUUCCCAAAUAAAGUUGCUGGCUUUCGCCUACUUCUUGUUGUUAAUAUCCACUGUGAAAACUAGGGUGGGAACAGGUUCACUCUCUUGGGGCCUGCCCCAAAGAAGCGACACAUUGUGCCAGCAGUAUAAACGGCUCCAUGAAGCUCUCUGACAUGUCUCUCUGCCCCCCAGGCUGCAUUCCAAUCAAAACAGGUACAACCUUGGGCCAGCUAAUGCUCACCUAGGGGUUCAGACGUAUCCUUCCACCUGGAGAGAACAACUGAUAAUACAUUCAUGCAGAUGAUCCCAAAAGUCUCAGUGCAGUUUUAACAACUUCAGAAGUAUAAAUGCCAUAAACUUACAAAGAGCAAGGCUAGUUAUUACAAAAUUUGCAGGGCUAAUUACUUAACUUUUUAAGAUAUUGAUAUGUUUUUUAUUAAAGUUCAGCAUAACCACCAUCCUUCACUAUACAUCACUCUAGUCGCUUUUUGAGCUUUGUAAAAACUCUCAUCCAUCAGCUGCUGUUCAGUGACUAAGAAGAUUGUAUUUAUUAUUCUAGCCUCAGGAUCAUUGAAAGGCAAGGCUUUGAUGCAUAUGUGACAGUUUUCACAUGAUCCCAUAAAGAAAAGUCUGACAGAGAUAGAUCGGGUGACCAAGCUGGCCAAGAAAAAGGACCUUCUCUACUGAUCCACUGGUCUGAGAAAGCAUUAUCCAGGAGCCAUCAUACACUUAAUGCAUAGUGACCCUUUCAUUAAUGCAUGAUUACUAUCUUAUUAUAAUUUAAGAAUUAUUAUUCAAAAUUCACAAAACCAAAUAAGUAUACAAGGUAUUUAAAUAAUUAAGUAAUUUGGGGGGUGAGUUUGUAACAUUUAUACUUCUGAAGUUAGUAAAACUUAAAAACUACACUGCGACUUUUGGAGUAUCCCAUAUAUCACUUUAAGAUUUACAAACUGUUCUACAUACUUUAUCCCAUCUGUCCCUUACAAUAACCUUUUGAGGUAGUAGGUACUAUCAUUGUUAUCCCCAUUUUGCAAAUGAAGAAACUGAGGCUUGAGCCAUUUGAGUAACUUGCCCUUACCCAGACUGUCAGCAGGUAGCAGAGGUGAGAUUUGAACCCAAGUCAUCUUGGCCCCGAGUCUAGCAUGGUAUUCACUAUCCCAUGCUGCCUCCCAUGAGCAGCAGAACAGAAAUGGGACUUGUUUAACCACCGUGACUGCUCUGAAGAAAGAAGAAAUGGAAGCUCGUUUUUACCUAAAAGGAGUAUUGUGAAUGAGUGAGAAUCAAGCUGUGCCUAGAAGAGAGACUUCAAAGAUUGAACAGUGGCAUUGUGGAGCUUCAGUUUCCUUCUUAGUAGAAUGAGGAACUCAAACUAGAUGAUUGCUUCCAUUUCUAGAACUAG